UUUAAUCAAGCAUUAUCUAACAACUCAUAUGGUCCAUGGACGGUGCCAUGACAACAUAGAAUACCCCUCCCUUUCACAAUCACAUCCAUUUUAUUUAUACAAAAUCUUCAUAUAUAUAUACCAUGGCAAAGAUUUCUUAUGCAAGACAACACUAAUAGUUGAUUAGAUAGGUUCAAAACACCUUAGUCUUGAGUCAACAAUUAGCUAGCCCUUUUUUUCUCAAAAAUGGUGAAGAUAGCUUUUGGUACAUUUGAUGACUCUUUUAGUGUUGCCUCUCUUAAGGCUUAUCUAUCAGAGUUCAUUGCCACUCUGAUUUUUGUGUUUGCAGGAGUUGGAUCAGCCAUUGCUUACAAUGAUAUUACAUCAGAUGCAGCCUUGGAUCCAGCUGGUCUAGUGGCAGUAGCUAUUGCUCAUGCAUUUGCACUAUUUGUGGGAGUGUCAAUUGCAGCCAACAUUUCAGGUGGACAUUUGAAUCCAGCUGUGACUUUUGGAUUAGCCAUUGGAGGCAACAUCACAAUCAUAACUGGUCUCUUCUAUUGGAUUGCUCAAUUGCUUGGCUCCAUUGUUGCAAGUCUCCUCCUCAAUUAUGUCACCUCUAAGAGUGUUCCAACCCAUGGAGUGGCUGCUGGAUUGAGCCCUAUUGCAGGUUUAGUGUUUGAGAUUAUUGUUACCUUUGGAUUGGUUUACACUGUUUAUGCCACAGCAGCUGACCCCAAAAAGGGCUCAUUGGGUACCAUCGCACCUAUUGCUAUUGGGUUCAUAGUUGGUGCCAACAUCUUAGUUGCCGGUCCAUUCAGUGGCGGUUCAAUGAACCCGGCUCGGUCAUUCGGACCAGCUGUGGUUAGUGGAAACUUUGCUGAUAACUGGAUCUACUGGGUUGGCCCAUUGAUAGGAGGAGGUUUGGCUGGGUUGAUUUAUGGUGAUAUCUUCAUUGGUUCCUAUGCCCCAGCCCCAGCAAGUGAAACAUACCCUUGAAAAUGGAUAAUUGUUGUUGUUGUUGGUUCUUUCAAGCUUAAACUUUGUUCACUGCUUGCUUGCUGUCUUGAACCUCUUUCCUUUUUUUCUUUCAAAUAUGAAAAUUGUAACUUUUAUUAUCUAUUAUCAACUGCUUGUAAUAAAUAUGUAAAUUAUAAAUCAAACUUGAUGCGUCAACCGUAUGAAGGUCCCUUUGUUUUGAUCUCAAAAAA